GGCCAAUGCAUUUGUUGCUUUCUGCUUAAUGGAAGGUCCCUGACCCUGAGCUCUCAUUCUUUCUCUCUUCUCUUGUUCGUCGUCCCAAUUCUUUGCAUUUGCUCCAUUGAAGUUUUUGAAAGCAUUUGCUGAUCUUCCUUCGAUUCUUUCUCUGAUUUGUUAGCUUUUCAGUUAGAACCUAAAGAGUAAUUUGUGAAGGUGUGAUGUCUCCACCUCUUCUGGGUGUUGAGGAGGAAGGGCCGAGCAAUGUCUCUUUAGUGGCAUCUUCAUCCAUUGGUUGUAUCUCCCAGAAUGGCUACAGUUUGAAAGAACGUAACUAUCUGGCUUUGUCAGAUUGUUCUUCCGUCGACAGCUCUGCAGUCCCAAGCUUAUCGGAGGAGAAUAAGAACAAUCUCAAUUUGAAGGCCACUGAGUUAAGGCUUGGUCUUCCUGGAUCUCAAUCUCCUGGAAGAGACACAAAUGUUUCCUUGCUGAGUAUGGGUAAACUUGAUGAGAAGCCACUUUUUCCGAUGCUUCCUUUGAAGGAUGAAAUGUGCUCAUCAUUACAGAAGCAUGCUGUUUCAGGCAACAAAAGAGGAUUUUCUGACACAAUGGAUGAAAGCUCAGAGGUUAAGGGUUCUCGGCAUUCAGAAAAGAACUGGCUGUUUCACUCUGCUGGGACAGAGUCUGAUUCUCCACAAUCUGUGGGACAAGGGACAUUCCCUGGUAGUUCUGGAAUGAGUGCACUGUUAUCAUCCAGGCCUUCUGUGGCUCAAUCAGACGUGAUGAAAGAGGUGCCACAGAAAGCAUUACAGGACCGGUCUCGUGCUGCCAGUGGAACCAACUUGAAUCAGACUGGUACUUCAAACAACAGCAGCAGUGCCCCUGCUGCCAAGGCACAGGUUGUUGGGUGGCCUCCAAUUAAGUCAUUUAGGAAGAACACAUUAGCUUCCUCAAAAAACAAUGAUGAAGUGGAUGGAAAACCCAGUCCUGGUGCUCUUUUUGUUAAGGUCAGCAUGGAUGGUGCUCCUUAUUUGAGGAAGGUAGAUCUAAGAACUUACUCCACUUAUCAAGAACUCUCUCGUGCGCUUGAGAAGAUGUUCAGCUGUUUUACCAUAGGUCAAUGUGGAUCUCAUGGAGUUCCAGGGAAGGACAGGCUGAGUGAGAGUAAGUUGAGGGAUCUUUUGAAUGGAUCAGAGUAUGUGCUUACAUACGAGGAUAAGGACGGUGACUGGAUGCUUGUAGGGGAUGUACCAUGGGAGAUGUUUAUUGACACAUGCAAGAGACUAAAGAUCAUGAAGAGUUCUGAUGCAAUUGGUUUAGCUCCCAGAGCUAUGGAGAAAUUCAAGACCAAGGCCUAGCGAGGCACUCUGGUUAUGCUUGAAGAGGAAGGUUUUUAACAUUUCUUCCAGAUUCAACACCUGAUUUAUGUUGUGAUUGCACGAGUUGAUGUUAGUUUAUGCUUGUUUCAAGCAUGAUUGUUUUAGAACUCCUUAAUGUUAUUAAAAAGAACAAAAAAAAAAAAAACUAUGGAGUUAAUAUAUAGUGGUUAACUAAGAGUUGUGUAUUUGAUGACUGAUGAAUCAAAGAUGACUUUUAUGGUUGUGCUUUCAA